CUCCCAUAAAUCUCUCCUCCCAUUUCCCGCACACUCUCUCGCUCUCAUAAAAACCCCUCCAAAACCCUCUCCCUUCCUAAAUUCGCAGCCAUGUUCUCUCCCGCCACAAGAAAACCCCAUUCCGUAUCUCAAAAAGACAGAAAUGCCCCUCACAUCUACCCCGAUUCCCCGUCAACCCCGCUCGUUGGGCCCCACAGCCACAUGGCCGCCGCCGCUUCGAUCCCCGACCGUCCAGCCAGCGGCACGCCGGCGCCGUGGGCCUCUCGCCUCUCAGUCCUCGCGAGAAUUCCUUCUGCGAGAAAAACUGAGAAGGGAGCUGAUGCAGAUCAAGCACAGCCUGUAUAUGUUGGAGAGUUUCCCCAAGUAGUCCGUAAUGCACAAGACGAUUUUCUCCAGAGGAGCGCUCCCAGUGAUGCAGGAAUCUCUGGUGGCAUGGAUAAGGGAACAUCCCUGUGUUGGAUGGUAUGUGGAAACCAAGUUUUUAUCUGGAGUUAUUUGUCACCUGCGGUGUCAAAGAAGUGUGUCGUCCUGGAAUUUCCUUCAAUUUUGAAAAAUGGAGAUGCUGCCUCAAAGAUCAGGCAUGGAAACAGCUGGAUGGUCUCUGUUGUCAAAUGGGAUGGUGCAAGUGGAACCACAGAAAAUGUGGUCCGGCAGUGCAACUCUGUAGGCAUAGUCAUCUGUAACCAGAAAACAAAAGCUGUUGUAUAUUGGCCUGACAUCUACUCAGAAGGUGGGAAUAUUCCAACUGUCAGCAUUCCCUCUUUUGAUGAAUCGAAAGCGACAGCUUCACCUGGUGUUGAGAAAGCUGCAAACCGUCACCAACAACAAAGCUGGAAUGGAAGUAGCACUUUAGUUGAACCUGGCAUUUUUAACUCUUUGAUUGCUUCUGCAAUUCCUGAUGCAUUACAUGAAUGUAUUGUCCUAGCUUGUCGUUCCAAUGGUGAGCUCUGGCAAUUUCAUUGCAGUCCCUCUGGAAUUCAUCGGCAGAAAGUUUCUCAGGACAUCAGUGUCGCAUCUACAAGAGGUAGUGAUAAUGGGCAACCUCUAAUGAAUAAAGGGUAUGCAAGAUCACUUGUUUGGCGUUAUCAUCAGCUUGUUAUCUCAGAGGGAUCCAGCCGACAAUUCUUUCUGUUGACAGAUCACGAGUUACAGUGUUGGAACAUCCAACUGAUACCUGACAUAAAUAUUUCAAGGCUGUGGUCUCAUGAAAUAGUUGGUAGUGAUGGUGAUUUGGGUAUUAAGAAGGAUCUGGCAGGUCAGAAGCAAGUUUGGCUUCUGGACCUGCAGAUAGAUGACCGUGGAAAAGAAUUUACUGUUCUUGUUGCUACCUUCUGUAAGGAUCGAGUAAGCAGUUCAAGCUACAUGCAAUACUCACUUCUGACAAUGCAAUAUAAAUCUGGGUUAAAUUUGUCUUCAGAAAAUUUUGCGUCAAUACAUGAAAGGGUUUUGGAGAAAAAGGCUCCCAUUCAAGUGAUAAUUCCGAAAGCAAGAGUGGAAGAUGAGGAUUUUUUGUUCUCCAUGAGACUCCGUGUAGGAGGAAAGCCUUCUGGGUCUGCAAUCAUACUUUCUGGAGAUGGAACUGCCACAGUCGCUAAUUAUUGGAGAGGUUCGACACGACUCUAUCAGUUUGAUUUACCUUGGGAUGCAGGAAAAGCUCUGGAUGCUUCAGUUUUCCCUUCUACAGAAGAUAAUGAAGAAGGUGCAUGGGUUGUACUGACUGAGAAAGCAGGAAUAUGGGCAAUACCUGAAAAGGCAGUUUUACUUGGUGGGGUUGAACCGCCUGAGCGAAGCCUAUCGCGUAAAGGGAGUUCAAAUGAUGGAACUGCAGAAGAAGAGAAAAGAAGUCUGGCAUUUGGAAGCAAUAUUGCUCCUAGAAGGGCUAGCUCUGAGGCAUGGGAUGCUGGUAAUAGACAAAGGGCAGUGUUAACUAUUGCACACCGAACUGCUCAAGAUGAAGAAGCAGAGGCUCUACUUAGUCGUCUCUUUCAUGAUUUUCUUUUGUCGGGGCAAGUAGAAGGCUCAUUUGAAAAGCUUAAAAAUUCUGGAGCAUUUGAAAAGGAUGGAGAAACAAAUGUUUUUGCUCGUACAAGCAAAUCUAUUGUUGACACAUUGGCGAAACACUGGACAACGACCAGAGGAGCUGAGAUUGUGGCCCUGGCUGUUGUUUCAUCCCAACUUUUGGAGAAGCAGCAGAAGCAUCAACGGUUUCUUCAGUUCCUUGCUCUAUCCAAGUGCCAUGAGGAACUUAGUUCUAGACAGAGGCAUUCUUUGCAGAUUAUCAUGGAACAUGGUGAAAAGCUUGCUGCUAUAAUCCAACUGAGGGAUUUACAGAAUAUGCCCAGCCAGAAUCGGUCGGAUGGAAGGGACUCUCCAUAUUCUAAUUCACGAAAUGAAAUGAGCAGUUCUCUUUGGGACCUGAUUCAGAUAGUUGGUGAGAAAGCUCGUAGAAACACUGUUCUUCUUAUGGAUCGAGAUAAUGCUGAAGUAUUCUACAGCAGGGUGUCUGAUCUUGAAGAAGUAUUCAACUGUUUAUCCCAUCACCUACCAUAUAUAAUCGAGGGAGAACAACCAUUUACCGUUCAGAUUCAGCGAGCUUUUGAAGUUUCAAAUGCAUGCACAGCUUUAGUUCGCACUGCGAUGCAAUACAGAGAUGCUCACCAGACUUGGUAUCCAUCACCUGAGGGCUUAACACCUUGGUACUGCCAAUCUGUGGUGCGUUCUGGGCUAUGGAGCAUAGCUUCUUUCAUUCUUCAGCUGCUGAAGGAAGUAACGGAAGUUGAUUCAUCUGCACAAUCAGACUUUUUUCCACAUAUGGAAGGGUUGGCAGAUGUCAUACUCGAAGCAUAUGCUGUUUCUAUCACAGCAAAAAUUGAACGAGGAGAAGAGCACAAAGCUCUGGCAGAAGAGUACUGGAAAAGGAGGGACACACUUCUUGAUUCUCUAUAUCUACUAAUCAAAGGUUUUGUAGAAGCCAGAUACCAGGGCUCAGAUAAGGAUACUGACGUUUAUCACCAAAUAGAAGCUGAUCUUAGAGAGCUGUCUUCACCUUUGCUAUCCAUUGCUAAGCGACAUGAAGGCUACCAAACUUUGUGGAAUAUAUGCUGUGACCUCAAUGAUACAGGGCUCCUCCGAACCCUUAUGCAUGCGAGCAUGGGGCCUACAGGAGGGUUCAGUUAUUUUGUGUUUCAGCAAUUGUACGAGAAGCGCAACUAUGCCAAGCUUCUAAGGCUUGGGGAAGAGUUCCAGGAAGAACUGGCUAUCUUUCUAAAGCCACACAGAGAUUUGUCAUGGCUUCACGACGUAUACUUGAACCAUUUCUCUGCUGCUUCAGAAACUCUUCAUGUCUUGGCUCUUUCUCAAGAAGAUUCCUCUGCUUUAUUAAAUAACGGAGGAUCGGACCCUGGCCCUGCCAAACAGGGUUCCUCUCUGGCAGACAGAAGGCAUUUUCUUAAUCUCUCUAAAAUAGCUGCAGUGGCAGGUAGGGAUGCUGGUUUUGAGAUGAAGACACGGCGCAUAGAUGCGGAUUUACAGAUUCUAAAAUUGCAGGAAGAGGUUACGAGUCUGUUUCCUGAUAAUGAAGAAAUGCCACUCACGACACAACUGCUCACUCCCACCCAACUGAUUGAAAUGUGCCUGAAGAGCCAAAUCCGAGAGCUUUCCUUGCGGGCAUUUGAUGUUUUUGCAUGGACCAGCUCCUCCUUCCGGAGGUCAAACAAGAGCCUCCUGGAGGAGUGCUGGAAGAAUGCUGCUGAUCAGGAUGACUGGGCAGGCCUCUAUGGACAAUCAGUGGCAGAAGGGUGGGGUGAUGAGGAUUCCCUACAGGCUCUGAGAGGAACCAUACUCUUCCAUGCCUCGAACAUGUGCUAUGGACUGGAAGCGCAGGUCUUUGAAGGGGGGUUCGAUGAGGUGCUGCCGCUGCGGCAAGAAGAUGCAGAGAGUCAGAUGAUGAAGGAUAUGUGUUCUGUGGAAGCAGUUCUAAUGCAGCACAACGAUUUCCCAGAUGCAGGUAAGCUGAUGCUGACUGCGAUCAUGAUGGGUAAGCUCGGAACUGAUGGCAAAGCUGAAGAUGCCCCCAUGGAAUGAGAUGGUGCUAUGCACAAUUCUGCUCUGCUUUUGAUUUUGUUCAUCUUGGCUGGUUCGUUCCAUAUGGCUUGAAAUCCUUGCUUGUAAAUGCAUGCCCAUGCUCGUGAUUGAACAGUGGGCUGUGGCCAUAGUUGUUAACCCUCCAAGUCUGCGGCUGAGAUUCAGCUGACUCUAGGCUACUGAUGAGUUUCAGCUGAAGUAGCCACAGGUCGGUUUUGCACAGGCACUUUCAUUUCAAACCGCUCGGAGUGGUAAAAUUACCGAGGGGAGAAGAAUGAGAAAAUUUCAGGCAAGGAAUCUAAAAACUACUAUUUUAAGA